UUCUCUUUCUCUAUUUUGAGGAUACCGAUCCAUGUUAUCUAACUUGACAAGACGCUCUUUCCAGGCAGCUCGUUGUAGUUUGAGAACAAAUGUUCUUGCUACACGUCAAGCUUCAACAAAGCCUUCUGCUCAUACCGCAUAUGAAGAAGCUCUUAAAUUGAUUGAGCAAGAUAAAAAGGAAAGACUCAACAUGUUGGAACGUUUAGAAAAAGAAAUUGCUCGAGUUUCAAACAAUGUUACACCUGCUCAGUUGAAAGCAUUGAAUGCCUUGAAGUUUGAUUUGCAAGUUAAGUCUGAAUUAAACGACCCUCAAGUACAAAAAAACUUUAAGCUCGGAAACAUUGAUAUGGGAAAGCCAGUUUAUCGUUACAUGCGUCAGAAGCAAUUUGAAAAAGCACCCAAGAGCAAGUUGAUGGAACGUUUGACUCAAAUGAAUGUGAUUCCUGAACUCUUAGCACCUGGUAUGGAUCCUACUGUUGAAGUCAACAUCAAAUUAGCAGAAGGUCAAGUUGAACCUGGUGUAUUUAUUAAGCCAGAACAGAGCAUUGAACGUCCCGAAAUCGAAAUUACAAACUUCCAUACAGAGCAACGAUUGUACACUUUAAUGUUGGUUGAUCCAGAUUCACCUGAUAUUCAAAACAAGACUUACCAACAACACUGCCAUUGGUUGCUAACAAAUGUUUCUUUAUCAGCUACUUCACCUGUUGUUGAAGGAGGUGAUUCAGUAUUAGAUUACAUCCCUCCUCAUCCUCAAAAGGGCACAAAAUACCACCGUUAUACUUUGAUCGCAUAUGAGCAACCUAACGAAGGUCAAACAAAGGUCGAUAUUAAGGUUGACAGCAGAGAUCACUUUGAUGUCAAGAGUUUAGCACAAGCACAUGGAUUGAAGGUUACAGGUGCUACUUUCUUCCGUCAAGAAUGGGAUGAAAGUGUGUCCAAGAUUUAUAGCCAAAUUCUUAAAGAAAAUGAACCUGUCUAUGGCAAGCCUCCCAAGGUUCAACGCUACAUUCAAAGAACUGUAUAUUAUUAAAUAGAACCAUCCAGUGAACAAAUAAAACAAAACAAAAAAAUAGAUUUAUUGAAUACUCUACCGUCUUUUGAGAGAAA